AUGCCCGUCCAAGUUAUCCGUGCCAGGGACCUCAAGCGCGAGGACGGCCUUAUUGGCAAGAACGACCCCUAUGUCGAACUUAGCAUUGGCCACAGACUGCUGGGCGGUCAGAAGCACAAGACUGCCACCGUCAAGAACCAGUCCGGCGACGUCCAGUUUGAAAACGAGAUCUUCGAAUUUAAUGCCAAGCCCACCGACGAACUCAAGGUCAAGGUCCUUGACGAUGACCUCGUCCACGACGAUGACAUUGGCCACACCAAGAUCCCCCUCGACACCCUCUUCCAGUCAGGCCAGCUCCAGCAGUGGUACCAGAUUGGUGAGGGCUCCAAGGUCCGUGGCCAGAUCGAGAUCCGCUUGGCCGUCGUCCAGUAA